UCCCGCAUUUUCUGAUCCUCUCAAACCCUUUCUCUAUAAAUCUAUGCAUCCAAAACCCUAGCUUCCACGCACCACCCAUUCCAUUCCAUUCCAGUCCAUUCCAAUCACUUUAAGAAACCCAAAUCAACUCUCUCUCCCUCUCACCACCACACAAACAGCCUAAUAUCUCUGACCAUAUCUUCUUCGAUUCUCUCUCUCUCUCCAAAUCCAAGAUUUCUGGGUUCUGUCCCGAUUCUCUCCUUUACUAUGAUUUUGGGUCUCUUCUAAUCCAAAGCCUUGAAUUGAAACAGCCCACCAUUAAUUUCGAUUCCUUUUGUAUAUUUUCGUUUUGGUUGAUUGUUUCAUUGAUUUUGGUUGAUUGAUUCAUUGAUUUUGGUUGAUUGAAAUAUGGCUAUUGCUUUCCCUCAUUUUAUUGUGUCUGACAAGCCAACAGUGGAGUCAGCUAUCAUGGUGUCAAAGCCAUCGCCGGUGAUUCUAACGCAGGACGAGCUCAAGAAGAUCGCUGCUUACAAGGCCGUUGAGUUCGUCGAAUCGGGCAUGGUUUUGGGUUUGGGAACUGGCUCAACUGCCAAGCACGCCGUGGAUCGAAUCGGCGAGCUUUUGCGCCUAGGCAAGCUCAACAACAUUGUUGGAAUACCCACUUCGAAGAUGACUCAUGAACAAGCUGUGUCUGUUGGAAUUCCGCUUUCUGACCUCGAUUCUCACCCUGUUGUCGAUCUAGCAAUCGAUGGUGCUGAUGAGGUCGAUCCUUACAUGAAUUUGGUCAAAGGACGAGGUGGGUCUUUGCUGAGAGAGAAGAUGAUUGAAGGUGCUUGCAAGAAAUUUGUUGUGAUUGUUGAUGAAUCGAAGCUUGUUGAGCAUUUGGGGGGUAGUGGGUUGGCUAUGCCGGUUGAGAUUGUGCCUUUUUGUUGGAAAUUCACGGCUCACAGGCUUCAAUUGUUGUUCGAGGAGGCGGGUUGCGUUGCAAAGCUUAGGACUUUUGGUGAAAAUUGUAAACCAUUUGUGACUGAUAACAAGAAUUAUAUUAUUGAUUUGUAUUUCAAGAAAGAUAUUGGAGAUUUGAAUGCUGCUAGUGAUGCAAUCUUGAGGCACCCGGGUGUUGUAGAGCAUGGGAUGUUUCUUGGCAUGGCAACCACUGUUAUAAUUGCCGGUGAACUCGGCGUCACGAUGAAGAACAAGCAGGGCCUGGGAAGCCAGAGGUAGUUUGACUGAUCAUGUUUGAUUUGGGUACCUAACAUAUUACUAUAUAUUUAGGCUAUUUAAGUUUUGCUUCGAAAAGUGGAAGCUUUAUUGGUAAUUAAUGUAACAGGGGAAGAAUUUUGAUGUUCUAGUGUCAUUUGAUAUAACUAUUGGGGAAUUUCACCCCAAGUAUUUUACUUGUAUGGAGACCAAUCUAGUGAAAAUGAAAAGAAAUUCGCAAAUUUUUUUAA